UGCCAGUAAAAAUUCAUUUGUUGUUAAAUUUUUGUUGUCACUGUUUUGUCUUCAGUGCUUCAUUCCAUAAUCUUUCCAACAGGCCUGUACAAACAAACGUACCCCAUUGUGAUUACCCUAAUUUUAAUGUUAUCUCAGGAGUAAAUUGCACUCUCAGACAUAUAGCAUUGCUCUUUGGCAGUCUUUGCUGUAACGAGCGAAUCUGUGUUCCAGUGGUUUACUUUGUUUUACAGCUUUGCGAAGCUGUCAUUUUGAUCUAUCAUGGAGGAGCAUCCGUCUUCCAAAGGGAAAAAACAGCCUGACAAUCCCAACCCGGAAUUAAUGGACACCGAAGCAGCAGCCCCAUCGCCACAGGCUACGGAUACAGCCUCUGCGAGCAGCAGCAGCAACAACUGGUCGUGGGGCUCAUUCCUGCAGAAAGCCACCACGGAUAUCAUUGGCAAGUCGACAGCCAUGGUGGAAUUUAUGAAACGUGACCUGACGGAGUUCUCUGAGGUAAUGCAGAAGGAUACGGCCAUUAUCAUGAACGAUGCCACGCAGAGUCUGAAAGGAAAGAUGACGAUGGAAGAAGCUAGUAAGGCUGCCGGCCUGGUCAAGUCCGGCAUCACUUCGUUCUUCGGUUCGAUUAACUCCUCUCUGGCCAUGUUCGAAGAGAAACCAGCUUCGGAUUCUGCACAUGAGCAACAGACUCGCUUCCAGACACGUUUGUCAACUAUCCAACAUGAUCCUAAUACGUACCAGAAGGAGCCAUCGGGCCGGCCCGAGGAUUUCGAAGCGUGGUUGCUCAUGUUCGAUAUUAACAAGCGGGCGGAUAUGGAAAAUAUCCUGGAUACUGCGGAUUGUGUGCAGAAUGCAUACAAUCAGUUUGUCCCGCUUGUUGUUACCCAUAAUGAAUUUUGGCAAAGGUAUUUUUAUCGGGUUUAUCAGUUAGAAAAGGAUGAGAAACGGAUACAGUCUCUUAUGGCCCGAUCUGGUGAUGAGCGCACACCGGACGACAUGGAUUGGGGAGAUGAAGAUCCAGGAGCGGCCUCUCCAUCGACCUACCUCGACCCGUCGGAAGUGUGCAGUGUGGUAUCUAACGAGAGUUUCCAAAUGGUUUCCCAUGAUCCCGUCGUGGAGCACGAUGUGGGCGAUGCCAUUCUUGUCGAUUCCGCCUCUCAUCCCGAUUCCCCGGUCAAGUCGACCUCUGGCCAUAAAAAGCAAGAAUCUUCCGGCAGUUCAAGUGAUUGGGACCACAUUGUCGAAAGCGCAGUGGAAAGGCGGCAUUCAGGUGACAGCAACACUCCGACGCCUGAAUAGAUUCACUUACCAUAGCCCAUGGUUACCGCGGAUAAUCUCACGUCGCUUCCGGUGGACACAACUGGCCAGUUGAAGGAUUUUAAAAUUUUAUACGACUCUUUUGACGCAUUAUUCGCCCUAAUUGACGUAGUUUGGUACUGCUUUCAUCCGACAUACUGGACAUUAUUCAGGACUUUUGGUUGGUUACUUAGUGGGUAUACAUUUUUUAAUGUACGUGCUGGGAUUUGCUGUGAAUACUUUUAUACGUCUUCGGCUCUUGUCUUGUGCUAGUAUCGAGGGUACUUUGACAAAAAAUGUUUGGUGCGCUUUUUUGUGUUGCCGAAUCAAAAGGAUCAUGCCGUUCACAAACGUUAAAACAAUAUU